AUGGUGAGAGCUCCCUCUGUUGACCAAAAUGGAAAGAAGAAAGGUGCAUGGAGUAAAGAAGAAGAUGAUACGUUGAGAGCUUAUGUUCUCAAACAUGGGCACCAGAACUGGCGACAACUCCCUAACCUCGCUGGGCUAUCGAGAUGUGGGAAGAGUUGCAGAUUAAGAUGGGUGAAUUACUUGAAGCCCGGUAUAAAAAGAGGUAACUUCACUAGGGAUGAAGAUCAACUCAUACUUAAUCUCCACAAACAACUCGGGAACAAGUGGUCAGCCAUUGCUGCAAGGUUGCCGGGAAGAUCAGACAACGAAAUUAAGAAUCACUGGCACACUUGUCUCAAGAAAUUCGACAACGUUGGAGUUAUCGAAUCGUCAAAAACACAGUCGUCGCAUUCAGAUGAUGCCCAAAGUGUUCAAUCUUCCGAUAAGUCGCAACAACAACAUUUGGCACCAUUUGAUCUCCAGGCUGCAAUGGAAACCCUUCCAUUUUCACCAAAAACUGAACCGUUUUCUUAUUUCAUGGAUUCUGCAGUUCUGAGCAGUGAGGAAGGGACUUCAAACGAUGAUGAUGAUGAUGAUAGCAGAGAACUGGAACAAGAAAUUUUUGUUCCAGAUAGGUUAUUUGUGGACGAAGAGAUUCAAAGUUUGCUUAAUGAUUUUCCAUGA